CAACUUGAUCAACUACAGCUAAAGACAUCCUUUAAUUAUUCAAAAUGCUAGCGUUGGUUAAUUAUCAAUUAGAUGAAAUUCAAAAUGAACCACAAGAUAAACUAAAAUUUCAAACAUUAUCAAUAAAUGAAAAUUCACAAAAUUUCGAUCUACAGAAAAAUCAAAAUAAGACAAAAUUUCAUAGAUUAAAAAUUGAUGAAUCUUGCAGUAUUUCAACAGGUGUUUUAAAAAUAAUUAAACAAUCAUAUUUUCUUCGAGAAUUAUCACUACUCUAUUCUCAAUUAAAUGAAGAAUUAAUUGUGAUGAUCAGUGAUGAUGAUCAUGUCCCUUUGGAAACGUUGAGAAUUCAGGCUGAUUCAGAGACGAAAAUAAAUUCAAAAAUAAAUGACAAAACUUGGCAAAGACUUGGUGAUCAUUCUCCAAAUUUGAAUUUAAUUAUGACAUUGUAUGUGGAUGAUGAUGAGGAUGAUAGCUGUUUGAUAAAUUCAUCAAUACCAAUAACUCAUUUACAACUUGAAGGAAUUUCAUCAGCUGUUUUGCUUCGUAAAAUAAGUGAAAAUUGUCUUAAACUUGUUGAACUUGUUGUUGGUUCAUGUACAAGUGAUGGCCCAAUUGAUGAUGAGUUGAUAAGUCUAUCAAAAAAUUGUUUAAAACUAACAGCUGUUGGUAUUGGUGAUUGUGAAAUUACAUGUUCUGGACUUGUGGAAUUUGUCGAAAAUUGCAAUGAAAGACUCAAAUUAUUUUACGUAUGGGAAACUUCAAUAAUUGAAGAUGAAAAUUUUGAUAUUUUAACAGCAACAAAAAAAGUUUCUUAUUUAUUAAAACGUAAUUGGACUCCAGAAUAUAUUUCUCCUUGGUAAAUUUUUAUAAUCAUUUAUUUAAAUAAAUUUAAUGGUAAUUUUUUUAUUUUUUUAAAUUACAUUUGUAAGUUGAUUGCAUACCCAGUAUUAUUAUAAACAAAAAAAUAAUAAAUAAAAAUACAUAAAUUUUGUAUAAUUAUAACAAUUUAUAUUUUACAAAAAAAAAAUAUAAAUUUUUAUUUAAACAAUGACAAAUGUUUCAAGAAAUGAUUUCUAAAAAAAAAAAAGAAAAAAAAUUACUAAUUUCUUUCGAUAUGCAUGAUUAAUUCUAUCAUUUUUUUCGAUUUUUUUUUUUCGUAUUUUCUAUGGUAAUUAUGCAACAAUUUCUGUACAUCAACACAGAAAAAAAAUUAAAAGUUAUUGAUUAUAAUUAAUUAAUAUAUUUUUAGUUUUUAUUGAUUGAAUUUUUUUCUUUUUUUUUUUCUUUACUAAUACUGGCCUAUCGAAUGAGGCCGUCAGUCUUUCGUUCCAGCUUAAUAA